UCCUUGUUCAAACUUCAAACUAAUCCAAUCAUCCAGUUAUCUGGGCAAAUAGCUCUCUCUCAUCUCUCUCAAACUGAAUUGGGGUUUCUUUCAGAUCUGAGGUGAAUCGACAAGAAAAUCUGAUUUUGCGUUUGGCUCCAAACUAAUUUGGGUUUCUCAUCUCACCUACUUGGAUUCCGCUGAAGUGGACAUAGCCUUUUAGCGAUGGUCAUACAUGGUAACCCUUUAUUCUGCGUUAUUUAGUUCCUCGAUUUCUAGAGUUUCUCUAGUUUUCCAAGGACGCUCUGGUUUACAGUGAAAAGAAACAGCAAUUCUAAAGCAGAGCGGUGGCUGCGGCGGAAGGAAGAGGAAGGAUGUGAGCUCCGAGGACGAGUCUUCUAAGAUGGCUUCAAUCUUUUUACUGGUCCGUGAAUUUCAGGCCUUAAAGGGCACUCUAGUUCGGCAUGGAUUUACCUUUCAAUCUGAAACAGACACAAAAGUUAUUCCAAAGCUUGCCAAAUAUGUCUUUGAUAAAGCUAAAGAAGGAGAAGGUGACCAAACUAUCACAUUUAGUCAAGUAGUGCAUGAGGUUAUGAGGCAUCCUGAAGGAGCCUAUGCGCUGAUUUUUAAAAGCCGGCAUUAUCCAAAUGAGUUGAUUGCUUGUAAACGUGGCAGUCCGUUGCUCCUUGGUGUGAAAGAACUUAAUGAAAAUGCUAGCAAUGGUUCUGCAUUUCAUGAUGAUAAUUUCCUUUCAAAAAGUGGACAUCCUAAAGAACUCUUCUUGUCCAGUGAUGCAAAUGCCGUAGUUGAACACACCAAAAAGGUUUUGGUGAUUGAGGAUGGUGAAUUGGUUCAUCUUAAGGUGCCCUAUUGCUUCAUUUGAUUUGGAUUGUCAAGU